AUGAUUCUUCGUGAAAAGGUGUCAUUCAGCCCGAGGCCGUCGAUUACAUCCGCAACCUGUUGCGUCACGAGCGAUACACGGGCUACACGUCCUUCGGCUUUGGUCUCCCGCCCGCCACGGUCAUCCGGUCCAAGAUUGGUGACGCGUACGACACGGUGGAGGAGAUCGCGCACAUCUGGCUACCCAACGGGCGCGAGUUCAUCCUCACCGCCUUUUCCAACGGAUACGAGCCCAACCAGCCCAACCCGUACGACGUCAGCGUGCUUGGUCUGUUCGCCGAGACCUUCCUUGAGAAUGUGCCGGAGCUCAAUGCCGGCCUGCCUCCCCGCAUUCGCCUCGACGCCACGGACAAGUCGUUCUUCACCGUGGGCAAGUGGCAACGCGCCAUCGCCCCCGGCACCUACGGCUCCUUCUACGCCUUUGCCAAUGAGGGUGCGAACGUGA